AUGAAAGAAGCUCAUAUCGGAAUCUACAUGGGGAAAGAAGGCACAGCAAUCAUCGAGGAACACUCUAACAUUGUCAUAUCAGAUGGCGAUUUUCGCUCCAUCAUUAAGCUUUUGAAGUGGGGAAGAUGUGUUUACCGCAACAUACAAAAAUUUAUUCAAUUCCAGCUAAUUGUAAGUUCUGCUGCUCUUUUAUCUAACAAUGUUGGACUGGUUGUACUCCAAAAGGUCACACUAUCAACUAUACAACUGCUAUGGGUGGGAUUGAUUACCGAUACACUUGCUUGUCUUGCAUUUUCCACUGAAAAGCCUACAAAAGAACUCAUUAAGAAGCCACCCGUGCACACCGAAGAUCCCCUUGUCACCAACAUCAUGUUGAGAAACAUCUUGCCACAAGCUUUGUUUCAAACAAUUGUCCUCUUUCAAAUGCCAGAAUGGAAUGGGUAUGAUUAUCAGGUAGAUGUUACCUUUAUUUUCAAUUUGUACGUGUUUUGUCAAGUCUUUAAUCAGAUCAACGCAAGGAAGCUAGAAACAAAGAAUGUCUUUGAAAAGAUUCUAGCGAACGAACUCUUUUUGGUGACUGCUGUGUUUAUAAUUGUACUUCAAAUAUUAUUUGUGGAGAUUCUAAAGCUCAUUACAGACACAACGAAGUUAAAUUGGCCACAAUGGAGUUUAUGUAUUGGCAUUGCAUUCUCAACUUUGCCAAUCGGUUUGAUCGUGAGGUACAUUCCUGUCCCUAAUACACAAGUAAUGAAUUACCUCUUGGUUGGACGAAUAAUUGAAAGGUUCAGACUCAAAAAAUUGGUGUAUCUGGUAACAUGGGCAUCUCUUGUUCUGCUUCCCAUUCGUAGAAAUCAGAAUGCCAUAACUGAUCGCCAUGGAGAAUGA